CAGGAGAGACUGCCUAGCAGGCUGGCCCAGCCUAGGCCAGGCCACUAGGCGGAGAGGGAAUUUCCUUUGACUCCCUCCCUCUUUAGGAACUUGUCUGGACGAUUUUAGUUCAGGGAAGGCAAAAGGAGAGCCUGGAAGGCUGCAGCUCGGGCCAGCAGGCAGCUCCAAUUGUUGCUUGAAGAGCAAGCUCGGACUGCGGUGUGGGACGACUGUGCCUUGGUCUCCCCAGGUGGAGGGAGGACCAGGCCAAUGGCUGCUGCUCACGAUGUGGAGCUGGAGAGUGUGAAUCUGAACAUUGAGAGAGAGGGAAAGGCAGAGCUGGAGGAGGAGGAGAAGACGAGAGAGGACAGGGAAGGGAAAGACUUCCCCAGAAGCCGAAAGGUCCACAGCAUUGUCUCAAAGUGGAUGCUUCCGGAGCCAGUCCGAAGAACAUACUUGGAGAGAGCCAACUGCCUCCCGCCACCACUGUUCAUCAUCUCCAUCAGCAUGGCUGAGCUGGCCGUGUUUGUUUAUUAUGCUGUGUGGAAGCCUCAGAAGCAGUGGAUCACUCUGGACACGGGGAUCUUGGAAAGUCCCUUCACUUACCGCCCUGACAAGAGGGAAGAAGCCUGGAGGUUUAUCUCAUACAUGCUGGUCCACGCUGGAGUCCAGCACAUCAUGGGGAAUCUUUUAAUUCAGCUCGUUCUGGGUAUUCCCUUGGAAAUGGUCCACAAAGGCCUCGGAGUGGGGCUGGUGUACCUGGCAGGAGUGCUUGCAGGUUCCCUUGCCAGCUCCAUUUUUGAUCCCCUUAAGUAUCUUGUGGGUGCUUCAGGAGGAGUCUACGCAUUGAUGGGAGGCUAUUUUAUGAAUGUGAUCCUGAAUUUUCGAGAAAUGAUUCCUGCCUUUGGAAUCUUUAGGCUACUCAUCAUCAUCCUGAUAGUUGCGUCAGAUAUGGGAUUUGCUCUCUACAGAAGGUUCUUUGUCCCUGCAAAUGGGUCUCCGGUGUCCUUUGCGGCUCACAUCGCAGGCGGAUUUGCUGGGAUGUCCAUAGGUUACACUGUGUUCAGCUGCUUUGACAAGACAUUGCUCAAAGAUCCCAGGUUCUGGAUUGCAAUUGCUGCAUAUGCAGCUUGUCUGUUAUUUGCGGUGUUUUUUAACAUCUUCCUGUCCCCAGCAAACUGACAAGACUCUAAUAUAAGCCAGUUAAUAAAAGUGCCACAUGGGGAGGAAUGGAAAACUUUGUAAAGAAACACAGACAUUCCAGCAUAUGCUAAGAACCUUAGAAAGAAGAUGGGACAGCACCCGGCUCAUCACUUCUGAGAGGCGCUUCCGAUAGGAAGGAAGAAGAAAAGACUGGAACCAAAGAGUGAGUCUCCCAAGCAUAGAGUAUUCAUGUAUUAGCCUCUGAAGGAGGACUCACAUCCUGGGGGAUGUAACUUGGAGCUUCUUUGAGAGACUCCAAGAGAACUGUACUAUCCUGAGAAUAAACACUUUUCAUAUCUGU